AUGUACUCCAAAGUCGUCCUUUCUGCUCUUGCCCUGGCCAUCCACGGCGCCGCAGCCCAAUACGAUGAUUGGUCCUUCGGCAACAUGUUCACGGUCGGCCCUGUCUCGGGCAAUAGCAACUGGAUCAAGAAGGCCACAUGGUCCCUCACCCCCCACCUCCUCCCACCGACUCCACCGCGCCCAACGGCGAUGAUAUCCGCUCUUGAACUGUGUGUGAAUGCUAGCACGUUCACUGGUGAGGAGCAGGUCGCUCAGCCUUACGUGCCGGUGCCGAAGGCUUCUUUGCUCAGCUUUGAGAUCGAUACCACUGAGGACAAGAAGGCCUCCCAGAAGAUCUGGAUUGACGGCAAACUCGUGUCGUCGCAGACGGACACCAUGGACGGAUACCCAGCCUACCUGUACUCCAGCAACGAGUGCUACAAGAACCAGUGUGGCUCUAUCAACGCUUACUCCUGGGAUAACGUAACCAUCACCCUUAACGAGGCCGACGAAAGCUUCGGCAAGGCAUUCCAGCCUACCGGCGCCAGCGGAAGCUUCUCAACCUCGGACAAUGGCAAGACUUGGACCGGAACCGUCAAGAUUGAUGCCGACCACUUCCCCGCCAAUUAA